CGCACCAGAGCGGUCUUCUGUCCUAAGAUGGCCGACCUGCGACGACACUGUUGACUACAAUUAUUAUGGAUUUCUAUGAUGGGCCGAUUUGAUGGCAGUGUACACUAUUGGUGUCCACGUAUGAUGACUGCGACUUCAGUGCGCGUCUGUUUGACAUUUACUGUGCAGUUAAAAGUUCUAUGAAAAGGCACAUCUGUUUUUAUAUAAUGCGUCGACCGUUCUUCAACUUCGCCAUUAAGGGACAGUCUUGACUCAGCACGCGGAAGUGAAAGUAAAAUUAUUUUCUGGACAACAAUUCCAGACUUCUCCGUGUCCAAGCUAUGGACUCUUUGAAAUUCAAUGCACUUUUACUGGAUAUAUCCAGUCAUAUUACCAACGAACAGCUCGACAGUCUCAAGUAUCUGUGCCGAGACAAAGUUGGAAAAAGGGUGUUGGAAACGAUCGACAGCGGAUACAAAUUGUUCCAGUGUUUGACCGAGGGAGGUGAGCUCAGGCAAGAUAAAACAAAACUGCUGUCGGAACUUCUCGAAUACAUAAAACGACAGGAUCUAUCAGACAAGUUGAACAACUUCCAGUCACCACCGGAUUGUGCUGGCAUCCAACUCAGCCAAACGGAGAAAGACAAGCUGGAGAUUGCCAUAAACCUGAUGGCUGAGAAUUUGGGGCUAACCUGGCGAAAAUUAGGACGCAAACUAGGUUUCAAUGAAACUAAACUACAGUCCAUUUCAUUGAGGUUUCCAACAGAUCUGGAAGAGACAGCAAGAGAGCUAUUGAAGGAAUGGAUGGAGAGUCGUCAAGCCAAUGCUCAUACAGGAGAGUUGAUUCAGGCCCUCAGAACAUGUCAGCAAAAUCUCACAGCUGAUCAGGUGGAAGCUGCAUGCAUGUCAUCAGAGAAACAAGAUGGUAACAUUACAAUUCAAGGCACAUAUUAAAAAUCAACCAUCAGUGAUGUCUUUAUUUAUAAAAUAAUAAAAGGACACAAAAGCCA